CGGGUCACCCUGACCGACUACAGAGGCAAUAUAAUCUACGACACCUACGUCCAGCCCACCCAACCCGUAGCGGACUAUCGCACGGCAGAGACCGGGCUCCGGCGAGAACACCUCGAGCACGCGCCCCAGAUCCUGGACGUCCGGCACCAAGUCGCGACGCUCCUCCAGGACAAGAUCCUCGUCGGCUACGCGCUCUGGGAGCUCCUCUCCGUCAUGCGCCUCGCGCACCCCGCGAUCAGCACGCGGGACACGGCGCUCUUCAUGUCCUUCCGCCGCUCGCUGGGCUAUAAGCCGCGGCACGUCGUCCCCCUCCCCGAGCUCGUCAAGCGGUUCAUGGGCCACGACAUCGGCCUCCACGGCGACGUUCCGGUUGAGCGGGCGCGGGCCGCGCUCGACCUCUUCCGCUCGUGCGAGACGACGUGGGAGGGGAUGAUUGCGACGGGGGCGUGGCCCUGCGCUCUUCCACCCGACGACUACCGGGCGCACUUCACCUGA